CAGCCCAUUCCCAAGGGGAUUUCCUGUGCCUGGUCUGCAACAAAGUGUUUCCACUUCAGCGCAUGUUGACCCGUCACUUGAAGUGCCACAGCGCAGUCAAGAAGCAUGUGUGUCGCUACUGUGCCAAGGGUUUUAAUGACACCUUUGACCUCAAAAGACAUAUGCGCACUCACACAGGUAUACGGCCAUAUCGAUGUGAACUAUGCGAGAAAGCAUUUACACAGCGUUGCUCGCUGGAGUCGCACCUUAAGAAGAUUCACGGAGUGACCCAGCAAUAUGCCUACCGUGAGAGGCGUUCCAAGAUUUUUGUGUGCGAGGACUGUGGCUACACAUCAACCAAUGGAGAGGAAUACUAUUUACACAUGCGGGAACAUCACCCUACCAGCCCUGCACUUCGGCGCUAUUUCCGCAAGCAUGCCGCCAGCACAGCCACCAAGCUAGGCACAGUGCUGUUCUACCGUAAUACAGGAGCCUAUUACCUCUGAAAAGGCACAAAAAUACUCAUCCCAAGUACUAAGCCUUAACUGUGAUGGUUAGACCUGCUCAACUUCACACCUAAAAACAAAACAAACAACAAAUGAUAGCUGUAAUACUUGGCCUGCUAAAU